AUGCCCUGUCUACCAGUCACCGCAGGAAUCAUCUUCUUCCUCAUCAAAAAGCGUAAAUGGGACCGCAUCAAGCAAUGCGAAGAGCGUCUAAUCGACUACCAGCUCACACCAGGCACCGGCACGGGCUAUUCAUCCAAGCUGAACUCCCGCUCCGUCACCCCAGAGGAUUACCAGGUCUAUUACCCGAUGACCUCGCCGCCGCCGCCUACAUCUACCACGGCGGCAACAGCUCCAGCAGCGUACCCACAUUACCCACAGGCACCGACACAAGCACAGACAGGAGGACAACAAGACAGACCCGCCCUUGGACAUCGGACAAGAGGGAUGUCUGCACCGGCCUCAACAACCUUAUCGACAUUGACUACAGGGCAGCCCCAGCCCCAGGCGCAAACCCGGGCCCAGCAUCUUACCCCCGAAUCUCCACCCCCGGCAUAUCAAACCCUGCACGCGCGCUACGAUCCCUCGCGCUACUCGCAAAUCAGUGCGCGGUUCUCGUCCGCGUUUGACGGGCCACGGUCUAGCUCGAGUACUGUUGGGAAUCCGAAUCGGAACACUCGAGGUUAUACGGUCUCUGGUAUGCUGCCGACCACGCCUGAGUCUUCGUCGUGGUUUCAGCAGCAGCAGCAGCAGUCGUAUCAAUAUCAGCCUGGACCUGCUGUGUCUGGGUCUGGGUCUGGGCCUGCAUCAACCUGGACAUCGUCUUCGGGGGCAGUGACGACAACGGCGUCGUCUAGUUCAAAUAGCGCUUCAAGGGAAUCAACGUCUGAGGAGCGAGGACCUCGCCGUCCGCGACCGGUCCUGUCUCGUUUGAUAACGAAUCUGUGA